GAGGAUAGAAGGGAAAGUCCUGAGGGGUUUCUCCAGACCCAUAGGGGGCAGGCGGAGUCGGCUGCCGGAGGUGCGGGGGCGGAGAAAGGGUGGGGACCGGCCCCGCGGGGGGCGAUGCGGUAGCUGCAGCGGCGGCCGCAGGAGUUUCCCACAAUGCAGCGCGGCGCGCUGUCCCCGGUGCUGAUGCUCAGCGCUGCCCCGGAGCCUCCGCCGCGCCCGCCUCCCGCCCUCUCCCCGCCGGCCCCGGGCCCCCGCCAUGGCUCGGCUCGGUCCAGCCCUGCCCCCGAGCCGUCGGGGGGCCUGGGCGCGGCGCUCGACAGCAGCCUGCGGGCUGCCGUGGCGUUCAAGGCGGAGGGCCAGCGCUGCUAUCGAGAGAAGAAGUUCCGGGAAGCCAUCGGCAAGUAUCAUCGGGCACUGCUGCAGCUGAAGGCGGCUCAGGGGGCCCGCCCUGGAGGCCUGUCCGCCCCCGCCCCCGGGCCCGCCAGCAGCCCGGGGCCAGCCCGCCUCAGCGAGGAGCAGCGGCGCCUGGUGGAGAACACGGAGGUGGAAUGUUAUGACUCUCUCACGGCCUGCCUGCUGCAGUCGGAGCUGGUGAACUAUGAGCGGGUGCGUGAGUACUGUCUCAAGGUCCUGGAGAAGCAGCAGGGCAACUUCAAGGCCACCUACCGCGCCGGCAUUGCCUUCUACCACCUGGGCGACUAUGCACGCGCGCUGCGCUACCUGCAGGAGGCCCGCAGCCGGGAGCCCACAGAUACCAACGUCCUCCGGUACAUCCAGCUGACUCAGCUCAAGAUGAACCGUUGCGGCCUCCAGGGGGAAGACAGUGGGGCCGGGGCCGGGGCACGGGAUGUCGUUGGCUAAGGCCAACCAAGGGGGCUUUCCCUCCCCCCACUCCCACCUCACCGUGUAACUUCCCCCGACUCGUGUGUUUGCUGGUAAAGCACUUGUCACUGGUGACCAUAA